GCUGCGUGCAUAUCAAGCGGAGAUGAGACAACAAUCAACAAUGCUCUAAAGAGCGGUGGAGCAGGUGCCGUUGUUCAGCUUUGCCCAAGUGCCGUCAUCACCGUUCAUAAUACCGUUGCGUUUACGGCCGCCAACCAAGAGCUCUCAACUCAAGGCUAUCCAACCGGCUCAACGCGUGCAAUCAUUCGCUUGCAAACAACAGAUCAGUCUAUUUCAGCAGUCAUUCGAGGAGGGAGCCUCAGUGGCAUUAAAUUGAGGAAUAUCCAAAUUGAUGGUGAUCGAUCAGGGAAUGGUCAGAUUACUGCCCAAGCUAGUUCUGCAAACAUUGAGCUGGGCGGCAUCCAAAGCGGCCUCCUCGUCGACCAUGUUGCGUCCAUGAACCCACGAGGCUGGAGCUGUAUGCAUAUCGGAGAGGGCGCGGCCGCAUCAGGAGCCUCGGCUUGCAGCAACGCGACCAUCACCAACAACGAUAUCGGCCCUUGCGGAUUGGAGGGACACGAUGCCGCGGGCCAUGGUCAAUGGGCUGAUGGCAUAUCCUUUGCAUGCACGAAUUCACUGGUUCAGAGCAAUACGGUCACCGGAAGCACUGAUGGAGGAAUCGUUCUAUUCAGUGCCCCUGGCACAAAGGUCCUAUCUAACAAAAUUGUAGGCUCGACAACAAACGCAGGCUUCGGAGCAAUCAAUCUAGUCGAUAACCUUGCUGUGUAUAACGGGAGCUUUGCCAAUGUUGAGGUUUCAAGCAACACCAUACAAGGACAGCGAUUGUUUGGUGUCGGCGUUGCAGUUGGAUCUUGUGUCUGGACCACCUGCGAUGCCUCGACUACAACACCAAAGCUUUCGGGGCCUGUGACAAUAUCCAACAAUGUAUUUAGUGGCAGCAUUGCGUUUCCGUUUCCAAUUUCUGGUUGGACUGGAGGAAUCACGGUGACGGGCAACACCGUAACAGGAGUCAGUAGCAACUCGGUCUUUUCAGAAGCUGGAAACUGUCCUACAGCGACCAAGACGGCAUUCAACGCGAACCAGCAUCUUCUAUGGAACAGUCCCAGCGUAACAGGACCGACAAACUUGCAGUCAGGAUUUGUGCAGCACACCGACUAUCCCUCAUUCUUCAUCUGCCCGACGCCGCCUCUGCCCAGCACGCAGGUUUGGACAAACGGGACCUUGGUGGUCAACACUGUUCCGACGACGUUCUCUUCUCUUCACAAUGGCUUCAACUUUGUGUUUGAUGACAGCGCGCAUCUCAUUGUCUAUGACAAUGGCGUGGUGGCAACAACGAUUGGAUCGACGACUACGUGCAACGGCCAGUGCACCCUCGAUUUCCAAGGUGAUGGAAAUCUCGUGAAGCGGCUGAGCGGAUCUGCAUUCUGGGCGUCGAACACGGCCAAUCGAGGCGCGACUCUGACGUCGUUGAACACGUCGCCUUGGCUGGAGAUUAAAGACAAGACGGGAGCGGUUAUUUGG